AUGAAAAUUAUAGAAGGCAGAAAACAAAACGUUAAAACAUUACAUUACUAUUCAAUUUCCCUAAUUUCAAUUUAUGAAUUUGAUGAGUUUUUCAAUAAGUUCCUGUGUCAUGUAACUCAGCUAUUAUCAGAACUGCUUCUUUGUUUUAGCAAAUGUCUGCAUAAUGUGAAUCACUUUUCAGAAUCCUGCACGGAUACCACAAUUCCUAUUGGCUGGGCAUGUGCGGCGUUGAAGAAAUUUGCAAGAAAGACAUAUGUAGAAAAGACAUGGAAAGAAGAGAAUCUGUAUGAGCUGAUCUGGACAAUCAUGUGUCAACGUCCGACUUUAAAGAAGUAUAUUUGUAACCUACUCGAAAAAGAAUUUCACGAUUAUGGUGCGGCUCAUUACUGGCGUUGCAUGCAACCUGCACUUAUGCGUAGAACAAAUGUGCGAAACAGGUCAGUUAUCCACGAUCCUCUACUUCCCACGGAGGAUUUCUUGAAUUUUCCUGCUAACGUGGAACUUUGUAUCCUUUCUGGUCAUUUGAUCGUGGGGCUUGAUGCGGAGUGGAGCGCUUUUGUUGCGAAGAGCAGAGCGACGAUACUGCAGUUAUCAUUGCGUGACCGUAUUUUCAUAAUCGAUCUCGAUAACCGUGCUGAACUACCUGCUAGUUCACUGCAAGAAUUCUUCGACAUGUUGUUUCUUGACAAGGCAAUUCUCAAAUUGGGAUUCCAGUUCAGUGAAGAUCUUACGCAAUUGCGGGCUGCUGUUCCUCACUGUCGCGCGUUGUUUGAGCCAGAGAACGUGAUUUGUGUGGGAAAGUUGGUUGCAGAGGUAAAGAGAUUGGAAAAUAACGAUGCGAUUCUGAAUGAAGUCCUUCCUCCACCGACUGUACAUAACGAAUUGGAGCAAUCACAGAUGAUUGAACAAGAUACAGCCGAAGUACGUAUUUCAAUUGAAGGUGUAACGGAUGUUAAUUUUCCUAAAGACCAAGGACAAGAGUCGAUUGUGCAACGGUCAGCGAAUUGGGGACUGUCUUACGUCUGUGAACGAGUGUUAGGGCGCCCGUUAGAUAAAACCGAACAAUGUUCAGUGUGGGACCGACGACCGUUGCGGUCAUCGCAGCUAAGAUACGCGGCAAUGGAUGCGUACUGCUUGCUUCUCAUCUACGAUGUAUGCUGUCGAUGGGCCGAACGACUAGAGGUGUCAAUCGACGAGAUUCUUGAUCAACAACAGCCGAUCCGUGUUUCUCCUCCUCUUCUUAGCGAAGAGUUUUAG